UUUGCGGCGGUUUUUAUAUCUGAAUGCGAAUGUGGAGUUUAGUCUGUUGGAAUUACUGAGUUACUAGAAAUAAGAGAUCAUGUCAGCUUUUGGUUUCCUCGCUUCGUUGCCAGAGGAUCAUUUCGUCUGUACGAUCUGCCUGAACGUCUUCAGUGACCCGGUCACUACACCUUGCGGUCACAACUUUUGCAGGACCUGCCUCACUCAGCACUGGGACAGAAGUGAGUUAUGCCACUGUCCAACGUGCAGUAAAAGAUUCUAUGUGAGGCCCGAGUUCUCCACAAACACCGUCAUCGCAGAGAUUUCAGGCCAAAUCAAGAAGAGGAAGGUGGAGACACUUGAAGACAUGGAUGCACCGGGGAAAGUGGCGUGCGACGUGUGCACUGAUUUAAAGUUCAACGCCUUGAAGUCUUGCCUGGUGUGUCAGACGUCGUACUGUGAAGCCCAUCUAGAGCCUCACCAGAGAGUUCCUUCUUUAAUGAGACACAAGCUGAUCGAGCCAGUGGAGAAUCUGGAGGAGAGGAUGUGCAGGAAACACGAGAGGAUAAUGGAGUUUUUCUGCAGAGAUGAUCAGGUGUGCAUCUGUCUGCUGUGCAGUGAGAUAGACCACAAAGACCAUGAGACAGUACCUGUUGAAGAAGAAGGGGCUCAGCAGAGAGAAAAUAUUGAGUCUCAAAAAGCAAAGAUCAAACUGAUGAUUGAGGAGAGGAUGGAAAAGAUAAAGGAAUUUAAUGAGGGCUCCGAACUGCGGAACGUAAAAGCAGACCAAGAGAUUGAGGAGAGCAAUACACUAUUCAGUAAUCUGAUAAACCAAGUAGAAGUGAUGCAGGCUAAACUACGAUCAAACAUUCAAAUCAAGCUCAGAAAGUCACAUGAGAAAGACGAAGCGGUAAUUCAGGAGUUGCACGAUGAAAUCGCAGAACUGCAGAGAAAACACUCAGAGCUGGACGAGCUUUCACAAAAUGAGGACCACCUGUGGCUCUUACAGUUAGAUCCAACCUUCAACUGUGACAACCUCUUUCAAAACAGCAAGAUGGCAAUGGUCAAAAUGCUCAACUCAGCAAAUGUGAUGACAUUGCCAGAUUACAUUUACAUAGUUAUGAAACUGACCAGGAUGAGGCAAUAUAAAGAGUCAGUCACCUUUAACCCUUCCACUGCUGGCGAGGGCCUUGUGGUGACAGAAUCUGGGAAACGUCUGAAGUACUUCAGAGCAGCAAGCCCCUCGUCUGAUGACUCUGGGAGGUUUGACUGUCCCAUGGUGUUUGGGACGAAGGGCUUCACCUCUGGCCGACACUACUGGGAAGUCCAAGUGGGCCUGAGAAACAACUGGGAUGUGGGUGUUGCCAAGGAAACUGUAAACAGAUCAGGAAGGGUUUUUUUGAAAAGAGAAAAUGGAUUCUUUGCCAUAGGAAAAAGCUUUUCGGUCUAUAAAGUUCACUCCACACCCUCCACAGUUCUCUACCUUUUCCCUAGGCCAAGGUUAAUAGGAGUGUACCUGGACUACGAAGAAGGCAGAGUCUCGUUUUUUGACGUGAAUGAGAAUUUGCAUAUUUACUCUUUCGCAGGAGAGUCUUUCACAGAGAAACUAUUUCCAUACUUUUAUCUACAAGGUGGAUCAAAGAAAUCUGAGCCUUUGCUUAUUAAGGAUUGUCUUUAUUUCUAAUUCACUUCCUUCAACAAUCAAAAUGAUAAAUGAAUAAUAAGGUCAAAGUUUAGAACUCAGAGUGCUGCGCAAGCUGAACAUCAAUAAAAGGUAUUCGGAAAUGACCAAUUUAAGGUUAAUAAUUAACACCGACUGUUGUUCCUGUUGCCUUGUUUUACAUUGUGAUAAACUAUGACACAGAUAAAAAUACCACGUACAAUUUGUUCGUAAUUCCAGGCUAUGAACCAUGCAAAUUAUGUUUUAAAUAUGCGCUUGUAGAGUGCGUGCACAGUAUAUAACAAACUAAUCAGUAUUAUGUAGUGUUAGUUCCAUCCUCUGUCUGUUUCAGAGUUUUCAUUUAAGGAAACUUGAAAGACUUGCAUCAUUUUUAUGUUAUUACGCAUCCUGUUUAUUUAGGAACUUGAGUGGGGUCAAAAUCUUUGACGUAGGAUCUCCGGAGUACAGCACCAUGUAUGGUAGUCACCACAGCUGCUUCUGUAAAAACAGGAAUUUUAUGGUGCAUUUAAGUUAACCUCGUAAACUCACAUGAAUGGCUAGGAGGUUUGUUUAAUAGAGAAAGGUUUUGUCUUUUCUUUUUUUAGAUAUUUACUUUAAAUGCUUACUUUUUUCUGCAGUUUUUUCAAUGUACAGAUGUAAUAACAAAUUCUAACCAGUCUCAGUCUUUAACAUACCAAGCAACUUCGGCAUAAUCGUAUAUAAGUAAGGAGAAAACAGUGAUAAAUAGCUAUAACCCAUUUAAAAUGAAGGCAAACAACUUAAAAUAUAAAGAUAUCAUCAUUUGCUGUACCUUACAAAUUAUUAAGUAACUCUGGCAGGAAAGAAACACAUUUAUCUAACUCUAAUAUGUUUAAUUAUUUGGGGCUUUUUUCGCCAGGGUUUGAGCUUUAUUAACAGGGCCUGAGUUUAUGGGUGUAUGCUGUCCAGAAGGGCCAGCCCCUUUACUAGCAGUGGUGGGUGUGUUUAUGGGUGGAUGGAGGUGGGUGGAGAACCAAGUCGGCAGUCUGUAGCUAAGUGCUGUUAGAGCCUGAGGAUACACAAGCUGGCAGUUAGAAAAGAAUUGUAAGUAUGUUUUAUGAAUUAUUUCUUUGCUUUCUGGUAUUUUGAAGACAGCUUUUGACCAUUACAUGAGAUUUCUGUGGAGGUACACAGCUCAGUUGAACUUGUUUACAUUGUUCAUAGUUCGUGUGAGUGGUGAAUGAGUCAUUUUCAUGUUAUGCGUAUUACUCUCAGGCUCAGGAGUGAAAAGCCACAAUCUAAAAUAAGUUUGGGUUGAAGGCUGUGUCAUUGUGACAAAUGUAGCCAUUAAUGCUGUUACGUUCAUAGAGAAUACUCAGUGCUGAGUGGCUGGAGGAUACGCAAAACUUCAAGAUUCCUGCAUGGCUCUGACGUAGUACAGAUGUUUUGUGACGUACACUCAGAAUUCUUUCACUCUCAGUAUGAAUGAGGAGGAACCUUUUCCCCCUCUAGUGCAGAUAUGCUCGUAUGAAAGCAGGAAAAUCCAGUUUUGCAUGAAAGUUUUGAACAAACUGUUACGGUGGCAUGCCACUUCAGAACAAAUAUGGUAUUGCACACAAGUCUGAUCAACAGUUUGAUUGACUGGACAUACCUUUGCUCUUGAGCCUAUAAACUCAUUCAUUACCUCAUAUGGUUACAUGUGAGUAAUAUUCUUACUGCUCUCUUGAACUGCCUUAUAUACAUAUUUGGUUUUUCUUUUCCACAUUGCUGUUUGUUGUAUCAGUGACAAAAUGCUGGUAAUGGUAAUGUUUGUUUUUGUCUUUAUAUUAAAGU